ACCGAAAACUUUAAGGACAUGAUGGCAACAUCACUCAACAGCAUCCGAUCACUCAUACGAAAGAACGAGUUAAAAAUUAACGAAUUAUCAAUUAGUACUAAAUCAGUUGUUGGCUCGUAUGGGUUCGGUGAAUUGUACAUACGAAUUUAUACCAUUUUAAAUAUAUCAAAUGUGUGAAAAUUGUGUAAAAAGUGUGUUAAUCGAAAGAUCAUUGUAUUAAUUGUGUAUUGGUUGCGAAAAAGCAUGCGCCGUGUUAUGAAAAUGUUCACAAGCAAUUGCUUUAAAGGCAAAAGUAGAAGCGUGUAAAGGAAGUGCGCAGCUUAGGCUUUCGUUGUUCAUUGUUUAAAAUGGAAAAAUCGUCACCACAGUGGUGGAAAGAAAAUUAGAAUCAGAAAUAUAGUGGUGACUUUGAAAGAAAAAAGUUUUAUGUGAAUAGUGCUAAAUGUAAGUAAAAAAUAGAAAAGUAAAAAAAAAUUUAUAAAAUUUAGUGUAAAAAUUGUUUAGUGUAGUAAAAAAAUAGAUUUUAUUAAAAAAGUGAUGAAAGUAUCGUUUUCAAUGAAACAAGGUCUUCCAAAAAAAAUAGUGCAAAACAGCUAACUCUCAGUGUUAUUAUUUUUUAUGGCUUGUAAAAAUUAAUAAAAAGUGUUAAUUAAAUUUUUUGUGAAAAAACGUGUUAAGUCUUGUAUUAUAAAAAUUAAUAAAAAAUAUAUAAAAUGUUGUGUAAAGAGUGCAAAGUGUAUUGUAAAAAAUAUAAACAUAUAUAUAAUUCGGUGUAAAGAGUGCAAAGUGUAGUAUUUAGUUUGUGUGACGAUAGUGUUAAAGCACUAGCAGCAGCCCUUCAUAUUGCUAAUUACGCAUAGAUGUCGCCUCUCAUUUGCGCUGACUCAAUCCCUUGGAUCUUUUUUAAAUGAUCACACCUGCAUUAACGCAAGGAAUUUCCGAGGAAAAAUAUUGAAUCAAAAUGUGCAAACAUGAGGGACUUGCGCGUAAUUUUACACCAAAAGCAUAAUAACAAUACUGGCAAUUUGGGGAAAUUAUGCAAAUAGGCAUGUUGCAACAACAACAACAACAAUACAAACUUACAUAAAGCAACAACAAGUGCGCGUAAAUGACAAAAUAACAAGAGAAACGUGUAAUCUGCAACGCCAAUGAAAUUUAAGAGAGACCAAAUCGCUGUCUUCUUCAACACACACGCACACUUAUAAACACUCAACUACAUAUUUACAAAAGUGCCAGCCCAUCGUGUAGUAUUGUCAGCUUCGAGCGCCUACUUUGCCGCCAUGUUCACCGGUUCAUUGCGUGAGACCAAAGAGCAGGAAGUCACGCUUGGCGAGGUGCAUGGCGAUGCAUUACAAAUACUAAUACAAUACUGUUAUACGGGUUAUAUGGAGCUGCGCGAAGAUACUGUAGAAACACUCCUAGCCACUGCCUGUCUGUUACAAUUAAACUCUGUAGUCACUGCCUGCUGCAACUUUCUGGCGCGCCAAUUACAUCCAUCAAACUGCCUGGGCUUUGCCUUCUUUGCGGAACGACAAAGCUGCACAACGCUACUACGUCUGGCCAAAUCCUACACAUGUCAACAUUUCAUGCAGGUUUGCAAAAAUCAAGAAUUCCUGCAACUCGAUUCCGAGCAGCUGGGUAAGCUAAUUUCUAGCGAUGAUCUCAAUGUGCCCACCGAGGAAGACGUAGUGCACAGUCUCAAGAUGUGGGUGCAACACGAUCCCGCCAGCCGCGAGAAACACAUUCCCGAGUUGCUGGCGUUAGUGCGUUUACCGCUGCUGAAACCCUCAUUCAUAAUGGAUCACGUUGAAACGCUGUGCAGUUCCAAUGAAUGUCAACAGCUUGUGAUGGAAGCGCUUAAAUGGCAUUUACUGCCCGAACGACGCAAUUUGUUAGCUUUAAUAGCUUCGGAGCGCACAAAGCCGCGUAAGUCGACGGUGGGCCGUUUGUUGGCUGUGGGCGGCAUGGAUGCGCACAAGGGCGCUAUAAGUAUUGAAAGCUACUGUCCUUAUGGAGACAAGUGGUCCGUGUGGAAAAAUAUGUCCGCACGUCGUUUACAAUUCGGUGUUGCUGUGAUGGAUGAUAAGUUAGUUAUAGUGGGCGGUCGCGAUGGCUUAAAAACGCUCAAUACAGUAGAGAGUUUAGACUUGAAUACGAUGGUAUGGACAGCGCUUAAUCCGAUGGGCACGCAUCGUCAUGGCUUGGGUGUGGCGGUAUUGGAGGGUCCACUCUAUGCAGUUGGUGGUCAUGAUGGCUGGAGCUAUUUGUCCACUGUUGAACGUUGGGACCCAAGCACACGUACCUGGAGUUACGUGGCUUCGAUGUCCUCGAUGCGUUCGACCGCUGGCGUGGCAGUGCUUGGUGGCCGUUUGUAUGUAGUAGGCGGUCGAGAUGGUUCGGUGUGUCAUCGUUCUAUCGAAUGUUAUGAUCCACACACCAAUAAAUGGACCAUGCGCGCGCCAAUGAAUAAACGACGCGGUGGUGUUGGCGUUGCUGUUGCAAAUGGAUUCCUAUACGCGCUGGGUGGCCACGAUUGUCCGGCCAGCAAUCCCUCUGUUUGUCGCACCGAUACCGUUGAGCGUUACGACCCCGCAACAGAUUCUUGGACUUUGAUCUGUUCGCUGAACGUCGGACGCGAUGCUAUUGGCUGCGCUUUGCUGGGCGAUCGCCUUAUGGCAAUUGGCGGUUAUGAUGGCAAUCAUUAUUUAAAAACCGUUGAAGUAUACAAUGCGGAGACAAACGAGUGGACUCAAGCUGCACCGCUGACAUACAGUCGCGCUGGCGCAUGCGUUGUGGCAAUACCGAAUAUUAUACCACCAACACCACCAUUACCCAGCGCAACAAAGAAAUGGAAACCGGUCAGAUUGAAUCCGAUGUGUUACAGACGCACCGUUGAAUUUGUCGAUUAUUACAACCUUUAAGCAACUACAUACAUACAUAAAUACAACAAAACAUUUUUUUAUCAUAUUUUUUUUUACCAAACGAGUAUUUAGAUUUAAGAAGCAAAAAAUCAAAUUUUACUAUUGUAAUGGAUUCUUACUUUGCAUACGCAUAUACAUACAUACAUUAUAUAUAAAUAGGGAUUAUGUGUGCUCGAAACUAUUUUUUGAAUUUACGAAUAUGAGUAUUUAUUUCUAUAAUAAAACAUACAUAUUUUGCAUGUAUAAAACAACAA